AAUGCCCGAUCCAAGAAGAAAACUGUCCUUCCCCGACCCUCCUUCCCAUAAAUUGCCUGAAGUUUCUGAUAGGAAAAUUACUGGCAAACCGAAAACACAUGUUAAAAAUAUUACUGGACUAUCUCCUCAAAAGACACUUGAUUCUGAAGAGACCAAGCCUUUUGAUGAAGUGAAGCCUACCCAAGAUUCACCCAAAUACGGUGAACCAGGAGAAGUGAUCACAGUUUCUGACAAACCAAACUCUCCGGCUAGUGUUAACCCUACGCAACAGCCAAGUUCACUCACUAUUUCUCCCAGACCUGAACAAUUAGAUUUCUCUGAAAGCGAAUCAGAUGAUAAUAGUAGUAAGGAACUGCUCGAUCCAAGAAGAAAACUGUCCUUCCCCGACCCUUCUCCUCAUAAAUUACCUGAAGUUUCUGACAAACCAAAAACCACUGUUGAGAAUAUUACUGGACUAUCGCCUCAAAAGACACUUGAUUAUGAAGACACCAAGCCUUUUGAUGUAGUGAAGCCUACUCAAGAUUCACCCAAAGAUGGUGAACCAGGAGAAGUGAUCACAGUUUCUGACAAACCAAAAUCCCCUGCUAGUGUUAAACCUACGGAACAGCCAAAGUCUCUCACUAUUUGUCCCAAACCUGAACAACUAGAAAUCUCCGAUAGCGAAUCAGAUGAUGAUAGUAGUAACGACAUGCACGAUCCAAAAAGAAAACUGUCCUUGCCCGACCCUUCUUCCCAUAAAUUGCCUGAAGUUUCUGAUAGGAAACUUUCUGACAAACAAAAAACCCCUGUUGAGAAUAUUACUGGACUAUCUCCUCAAAUGACACUUGAUACUGAAGAGACCAAGCCUUUUGAUGCAGUGAAGCCUAUUAAAGAUUCACCCAAAGAUGGUGAACCAAGAGGAGUGCUCAAAUUUACUAACGAACUGAAAUCUCCGGCUAGUCUUAAACCUACGAAACAGCCAAGUUCUCUCACUAUUUCUACCAAACCUGGACAAUCAGAAAUCUCUGAAGGCGAAUCAGAUGAUGAUAGUAGUAAGGAAAUGCCCGAUCGAAGAAGAAAACUGUCCUACCCCGACCCUUCUUCCUAUCAAUUGCCUGAAGUUUCUGAUAGGAAAAUUUCCGACAAACCAAAAACCCCUGUUGAGUAUAGUACUGGACUAUCUCCUCAGGAGACACUUGAUUCUGAAGAGACCAAGCCUUUUGAUGAAGUGAAGACUACUGAUGCAUCACUCAAAGACGGUGAAUCUGUAGGAGGGCUCAAAAUUACUGACAAACCAAAAUCUCCGACUGGUGUUAAACCUACGGAACAGCCAAGUUCUCUCACUAUUUCUCCCAAACCUGAACAAUCAGAAAUCUAUGAAAGCGAAUCAGAUGAUGAUGGUAGUAAGAAACUGCCCGAUCCAAGAAGAAAACUGUCCUACCCCGACCCUUCUUCCCAUAAAUUGCGUGAAGUUUGUGAUAGGAAAAUUUCUGACAAAACAAAAACCCCUGUUGAGCAUAGUACUGGACUAUCUCCUCAAAAAACACUUGAUUCUGAAAAGACCAAGCCCAUUGAUGAAGGAAAUCCUACUCAAGGGUCAACCAAAGUCGGUGAAUCUGUAGAAAUGCUCCAAACUACUGACAAACCAAAAUCUCCUGCUAGUGUUAAACCUACGGAACAGCCAAGUUCUUUUACUAUUCAUCCCAAACCUGAACAAUCAGAAAUCGCCGAAAGCGAAUCAGAUGAUGAUAGUAGUAUGGAAAUGCCCGAUCCAAGAAGAAAACUGUCCUUCCCCGACCCUUCUUCCUAUCAAUUGCCUGAAGUUUCUGAUAGGAAAAUUUCUGACAAACCAAAAACCCCUAUUGAGUUUAGUACUGGACUAUCUCCUCAGGAGACACUUGAUUCUGAAGAGACCAAGCCUUUUGAUGAAGUGGAGCCUACUCAUGGAUCACCCAAAGACGGUGACUCUGUAGGAGGGCUCAAAACUACUGACAAACCAAAAUCUCCGACUGGUGUUAAACCUACGGAACAGCCAAGUUCUCUCACUAUUUCUCCCAAACCUGAACAAUCAGAAAACUCUGAAAGCAAAUCAGAUGAUGAUGGUAGUAAGAAACUGCCCGAUCCACGAAGAAAACUGUCCUUCCCCGACCCUUCUUCCUAUCAAUUGCCUGAAGUUUCUGAUAGGAAACUUUCUGACAAACCAAAAACCCCUGUUGAGUAUAUGACUGGAUUAUCUCCGCAAAAUACACUUUGUUCUGAAGAGACCAAGCCUUUUGAUUCAGUGAAACCUACUCAAGAUUCACCCAAAGACGGUGAACCAAGAAGAGUGCUCAAAACUACUGACAAACCAAAAUCUCCGGCUGGUGUUAAACCUACGGAACAGUUAAGUUCUUUCACUAUCUCUCCCAAACCUGAACAAUCAGAAAUCUCUGAAAGCGAAUCAGAUUAUGAUAGUAGUAACGAAAUGCUCGAUCAAAAAAGAAAACCUACGGAACAGUCAAGUUCUUUCACUAUCUCUCCCAAACCUGAACAAUCAGAAAUCACUGGGAGCGAAUCAGAUGAUGAUAGUAGUAAUGAAAUGCUCGAUCAAAAAAGAAAACUGUCCUUGCCCGACAAUUCUUCCCAUAAAUUGCCUGAAGUUUCUGAUAAGAAAAUUUCUGACAAACCAAAAACGGCUGUUGAGUAUGGUACUGGACUAUCUCCUCAUGAGACACUUGAUUCUGAAGAGACCAAGCCUUUUGAUGAAGUGGAGCCUACUGAUGGAUCACCCAAAGACGGUGACUCUGUAGGAGGGCUCAAAAUUACUGACAAACCAAAAUCUCCGAUUGGUGUUAAACCUACGGAACAGUUAAGUUCUUUCACUAUCGCUCCCAAACCUGAACAAUCAGAAAUCUCUGAGAGAGAAUCAGAUGAUGAUGGUAGUAAGAAACUGCCCGAUCCAAGAAGAAAACUGUCCUUCCCCGACCCUUCUUCCCAUAAAUUGCCUGAAGUCUCUGAUAGGAAACUUUCUGACAAACCGAAAACCCCUAUUGAGGAUACUACUGGAAUGUCUUCUCUAAAGACCCUUGAUUUUGAUGCGACCAAGCCUCUUGAUGAAGUGAAGCCUACUUAUGGAUCACCCAGAGACGGUGUGUCUGUGGAAGGGAUCAAAACUACUGACAAACCAAAAUCUCCGGCUAGUGUUAAACCUACGGAACAGCCAAAGUCUCUCACUAUUUCUCCCAAGCCUGAACAACUAGAAAUCUCUGAUAGCGAAUCAGAUGAUGAUAGUAGAAAAGAAAUGCCCGAUCCACGAAGAAAACUGUCCUUCCCCGACCCUUCUUUCCAUAAAUUGCCUGAAGUUUCUGAUAGGAAACUUACGGAGAAACUAAAAACCCCUGUUGAGAACAUAACCGGAUUAUCUCCUCAAAAGACACUUGAUUCUGAAGAGACCAAGCCCAUUGAUGAAGUGAAGCCUAGUAAAGAUUCACCCAAAGUUGGUGAACCUGGAGAAGUGCUCGAAACCACUCACAAACCAAAAUCUCCGGCUGGUGUUAAACCUACGGAACAGUUAAGUUCUUUCACUAUCGCUCCCAAACCUGAAAAAUCAGAAAUCUCAGAAGGCGAAUCAGAUACUGAUAGUAGUAACGACAUGCUCGAUUCAAAAAGAAAACUGUCCCUGCCCGACCCUUCCUCCCAUAAAUUGCCUGAAGUUUCUGAUAGGAAACUUACUGACAAACAAAAAACCCCUGUUGAGAAUAUUACUGGACUAUCUCCUCAAACGACACUUGAUUCUGAAGAGACCAAGCCUUUUGAUGCAGUGAAGCCUAUUAAAGAUUCACCCAAAGUUGGUGAACCUGGAGAAGUGUUCCAAACCACUGACAAACCAAAAUCUCCGGCAGGUGUUAAACCUACGGAACAGUUAAGUUCUUUCACUAUCGCUCCCAAACCUGAACAAUCAGAAAUCUCUGAAGGCGAAUCAGAUGAUGAUAGUAGUAAGGAAAUGACCGAUCCUAGAAGCAAACUGUCCUUCCCCGACCCUUCCUCCCAUAAAUUGCCUGAAGUCUCUGAUAGGAAACUUUCUGACAAACAAAAAACCCCUGUUGAGAACAUUACUGGACUAUCUCCUCAAACGACACUUGAUUCUGAAGAGACCAAGCCUUUUGAUGAAGUGAAGCCUACUAAAGAUUCACCCAAAGUUGGUGAACCUGGAGAAGUGCUCCAAAGCACUGACAAACCAAAAUCUCCUGCUAGUGUUAAACCUACGGAACAGCCAAAGUCUCUCACUAUUUGUCCCAAACCUGAACAACUAGAAAUCUCUGAUAGCGAAUCAGAUGAUGAUAGUAGAAAGGAAAUGCCCGAUCCAAAAAGAAAACUGUCCUUCCCCGAACCUUCUUUCCAUAAAUUGCCUGAAGUUUGUGAUAGGAAACUUACUGAAACCCCUGUUGAGAAUAUAACCGGAUUAUCUCCUCAAAAGACACUUGAUUCAGAAGAGACCAAGCCCUUUGAUGAAGUAAGGCUUAUUCAAAAGUCACCCAAAGACGGUGAACCUGGAGAAAUGCUCCAAACUACUGAAAAACCAAAAUCUCCGGGUAGUGUUAAACCUACGGAACAGCCAGGUUCUCUCACUAUUGCUCCCAAACCUACACAAUCAGAAAUCUCUGAAAGCAAAUCAGUUGAUGAUAGUUGUAAGGAAAUGCCCGAUCCAAAAAGAAAACUGUCCUUCCCCGACCCAUCCUCCCAUAAACUGCCUGAAGUUUCUGAUGGGAAAUUUUCUGACAAACCAAAAACCCCUAUUGAAAAUGUUACUGGGAUAUCUCCUCUUAAGACACUCGAUUCUGAAGAGACCAAGCCUUGUGAUGCAGGGAAGCCCACUCAAGGAUCACUUAAAGAUGGUGAACCAAGAGUAGCGCUCAAAACUACUGACAAAUCAAUACCUCCGGCUAGUGUUAAACCUACGAAACAGUUAAGUUCUCUCGCUAUUUCUCCUAAAUCGGAACAAUCAGAAAUCUCUGAAAGCAAACCAGACGAUGAUAGUAGUAAGGAAAUGCCCGAUCCACGAAGAAAACUGUCCUUCCUCGACCCUUCUUCCCAACAAUUGCCUGAAGUUUCUGAUAGGAAUAUUUCUGACAAACCAAAAACCCCUGUUGAGUAUAGUACUGGACUAUCUCCUAAAAAGACACUUGAUUCUGAAGAGACCAAUCCCUUUGAGGAAGUGAAGCCUACUCAAGAUUCACACAAAAUCGGUGAACCUGGAGAAGUGCUCCAAACUACUGACAAACUACAAUCUCCGGCUAGUGUUAAUCCUACGGAACAGCCAAGUUCUCUCCUCAUUUCUCCCAAUAUUGAACAUUCAGAAAUCUCUGAAAGCGAAUCAGAUGAUGAUAUUAUUAAGGAUAUGCCCGAUCCGAAAAGAAAACUGCCCUUACGCGUCUCUUCUUCCCAUAAAUUGCCUGAAGUUUCUGAUAGGAAAAUUUCUGACAAACCAAAAACCCCUGUUGAGUAUAUUACUGGACUAUCUCCUCUUAAGACACUCGAUUCUGAAGAGACCAAGCCUUGUGAUGCAGUGAAGCCCACUCAAGAAUCACCUAAAGACGGUGAACCAAGAGAAGUGCUCAAAUCUACUGACAAACCAAAAUCUCCGGCUAGUUUGAAACCUACGGAACAGCCAAGUUCUCUCACUAUCGCUCCCAAACCUGAACAAUCAGAAAUCUCAGAAGGCGAAUCAGAUACUGAUAGUAGCAAGAAAAUGCCCGAUCCAAGAAGAAAACUGUCCUUCCCCGACCCUUCUGCCCAUAAAUUGCUUGCAAUUUCUGAUAGAAAACUUUCUGACAAUCCAAAAACCCCUGUUAAGAAUAUUGCUGAACUAUCUCCUCAAAAGACACUUGAUUCUGAAGAGACCAAGCCCUUUGAGGAAGUGAAGCCUACUCAAGAUUCACCCAAAGUUGGUGAACCUGGAGAAGUGCUCCAAACUACUGACAAAUUAAAAUAUCCGGCUAGUGUUAAACCUACGGAACAGCCAAGUUCUCUCACUAUUGUUCCCGAACCUGAACAAUCAGAUAUCUCUGAAAGCAAAUCAGAUGAUGAUAGUAGAAAGGAAUUGGCCGAUCCAAGAAGAAAAGUGUUCUUCCCCGACCCAUUUUCGCGUAAAUUGCCUGAAGUUUUUGAUGGGAAACUUUCUGACAAACCAAAAUCCCCUGUUGGGUAUAGCACUGGAAUAUCUCCUCAAAAGACACUCGAUUCUGAAGAGACCAAGCCUUGUGAUGCAGUGAAGCCCACUCAAGAAUCACCUAAAGACGGUGAACCAAGAGAAGUGCUCAAAUCUACUGACAAACAAAUACCUCCGCCUAGUGUUAAAUCUACGGAACAGCCAAGUUCUUUCAAUAUUUCUCCUAAACCUGAACAAUCAGAAAUCUCUGAAAGUGAAUCAGAUGAUGAUGGUAGUAUGCAAAUAUCCGAUUCAGGAAGCAAACUCUUCUUCCCCGACCCCUCUUCAAGUAAAUUGCCCGAAGUUUCUGAUAGGAAACUUACUGACAAGCCAAAAACUCCUGUUGAGAAUAUUGCUGAACUAUCUCCACAAAAGACACUAGAUUCUGAAGAGACCAAGACUUUUGAUGAAGUGAAGCCUACUCAAGAUUCACCCAAAGUCUGUGAACCUGGAGAAGCGCUCAAAACUACUGAAAAACCAAAAUCUCCGGUUAGUGUUAAACCUUCGGAACAGACAAGUUCUUUCUCUAUUUCUCUCACACCUGAACAAUCAGAAAUCUCUGACGGCGAAUCUGAUGAUGAUAGUAGUAAGGAAAUGGGCGAUUCAAGAAGAAAACUGUCCUUCCCCGACCCAUCUUUCCGUAAAUUACUUGAAGUUUCUGAUAGGAAACUUUCUGACAAACCAGAAACCCCUGUUCAGAAGACACUAGAUUCUAAAGAGACCAAGCCUUUUGAUGAAGUGAGGCAUACCGAUGGAUCACUCGAAGACUGUGAGUCUGUAAAAGGACUCAAAACUACUGACAAAUCAAAAUCUCUGGCUAGUGUUAAACCAACAGAACAGCCAAGUUCUCUGUCUAUUCCUCCCAAACCUGAACAAUCAGAAAUCUCUGAAGGCGAAUCAGAUGAUGACAGUAGUAAGGAAAUGCCCGAUCCAAAAAUAGAACUGUCCUUCCCCGACCCAUCUUCGCGUAAAUUGCUUGAAGUUUCCGAUGGGAAACAUUCUGACAAACCAAACACCCCUUUUGAAAAUAUUACUGGAAUAUUCCCUCUUAAGACACUCGAUUCUGAAGAGAUCAAGCCUUGUGAUGCAGUUAAACCCACUCAAGAAUCACCCAAAGUUGGUGAACCUGGAGAAGUGCUCCAAACCACUGACAAACCAAUACCUCCGGCUAGUGUUAAAGUUACGGAACAGCCAAGUUCUCUCGCUAUUUUUCCUAAAUCUGAACCAUCAGAAAUCUCUGAAAGCAAAUUAGACGAUUAUAGUAGUAAGGAAAUGCCCGAUUUAAGAAGAAAACUGUCCUUCCCCGACCCUUCUUCCCAUAAAUUGCCUGCAAAUUCUGAUAGAAAUCUUUCUGACAAUCCAAAAACCCUUGUUGAGAAUAUUACUGAACUAUCUCCUCAAACGACACUUGAUUCUGAAGAGACCAAUCCCUUUGAGGAAGUGAAACCUACUCAAGAUUCACCCAAAGUCGGUGAACCUGGAGAAGUGCUCAAAACUACUGACAAACCAAAAUCUCCGGCUAGUGUUAAAAAUACGGAACAGCCAAGUUCUCUCACUAUUGCUCCCAAACCUGAACAAUCAGAAAUCUCAGAAGGCGAAUCAGAUGAUGAUAGUAGUAAGGAAAUGCCCGAUCCAAGAAGAAAACUGUCCUUCCCCGACCCAUCUUCGCGUAAAUUGCCUGAAGUUUGUGAUGGGAAACUUUCUGGCAAACCAAAAACCCCUGUUGAGAAUAUUACUGGAAUAUCUCCUCUUAAGACACUCGAUUCUAUAGAUAUCAAGCCUUGUGAUGCAGUGAAGCCCACUCAAGAAUCACCCAAAGACGGUGAACCAAGAGAAGUGCUCAAAACUACUGAUAAACCAAUACCUCCGGCUAGUGUUAAACCUAUGGAACAGACAAGUUCUCUCGCUAUUUCUCCUAAACCUGAACAAUCAGAAAUCUCUGAAAGCGAAUCAGAUGAUGAUGGUAGUAUGGAAAUAUCCGAUUCAGGAAGCAAACUGUGCUUCCCCGACCCCUCUUCAAGUAAAUUGCCCGAAGUUUCUGAUAGGAAACUUACUGACAAGCCAAAAACUCCUGUUGAGAAUAUUGCUGAACUAUCUCCUCAGAAGACACUAUAUUCUGAAGAGACCAAGCCUUUUGAUGAAGUGAAGCAUACCGAUGGAUCACCCGAAGACUGUGAAUCUGUAAAAGGACUCAAAACUACUGACAAAACAAAAUCUUUGGCUAGUGUUAAACCAACGGAACAGCCAAGUUCUCUGUCUAUUCCUCCCAAACCUGAACAAUCAGAAAUCUCUGAAAGCGAAUCAGAUGAUGACAGUAGUAAGGAAAUGCCCGAUCCAAAAAGAGAACUGUCCUUCCCCGACCCAUCUUCGCGUAAAUUGCCUGAAGUUUCCGAUGGGAAACUUUCUGACAAACCAAGCACCCCUUUUGAAAAUAUUACUGGAAUAUCUCCUCUUAAGACACUCGAUUCUGAAGAGACCAAGCCUUUUGAUGAAGUGAAGACUACUGAUGCAUCACUCAGAGACUGUGAGUCUGUAGAAAUGCUCAAAACUACUGACAAACCAAUACCUCCGGCUAGUGUUAAACCUACGGAACAGCCAAGUUCUCUCACAAUUUCUCCCAAACCUGAACAAUCAGAAGUUUUUGAGCGUGAGUCUGUUGAUGAUGGUUGUAUGGAAAUGCCCAAUCCAAGAAGCACAAUGUCCCUCCGCGACCCUUUUUCCCAUAAAUUGCCUGAAGUUUCUGAAAGGAAACUUUCUGACAAACCGAAAAUCCCUGUUGAGAAUAUUAUUGGACUAUCUCUGCAAAAGACACUUGAUUCUGAAGAGACCAAGCCUACUCAUGGUUCACCCAAAGACGGUGAACCAGGAGAUGUGCUCCAAACUACUGACAAACCAAAAUCUCCGACUAGUGUUAAACUCAGGGAAGAGCCAAGUUCUCUCACUAUUUCUCCCAGGCCUGAAGAAUCGAAGUUUUGUGAAAGUGAAUCACCUUUCUCUAAACCAUCUUCCGUUAAAUCGGCGGAAGUUGCUGACAUGAAGCAUACUAAAAAACCAGAUUCUUAUAUCGAGAUGAAAGCUGAAUUAUCUGCUCAAAUGCCAAUUGAACCGAAAAAUAGACAUGAAAAACCAACCGCUGAUUUAAAAUCUAAGCCUUUUUCUCUUGAGCAGACUCAUGCUCUUGAUUUUAAACAACCAGACAAAUCGACUACCACAGAUCGCGGUGGAGAUUCUCGUGGUGUUGCUUAUUUUGUUAACUUUACGGAAAAUGACACUUUAAAAUCACAGCGACAAAGCAAGGUAAGUUUAAGCUCCAGGAUGACUAAAAAAACAACUGCUUUGGAUAGGGAGACUAGCAACACUCAUUCAGUUAGGAACUCUAGUUUAAAUAGAUCUAAAGUAAGCACCAACAAGGCUGCUGGUAGCGAAAAACCAAAAGAUAAACGACCCUCAAAGACUCCUGUAAAAGACAAAUUAAAUCAGGACAUGAAAACCAAGACUGGUAGGGGAACCAAAAGCUCAACCACUCAAGAACGGGUUAUUACAGAUACGACAAGGAUUUCGGCCUUAAAUAAUCAAAUACGUUUGGAAAGAACAUUGAGUCCAUUGCCUAAGCAGACCUUUUCUGAGUCCAUUGAUUCCAAUAGUCGUAGCGCUACUCCUAGGUCUCGCAUCAGAACAGAUAUUACACGAGUUCCCCAAAACCAAACCUUACGAUCCUUCAGUCCACCACCAAAUCAUGCAAAGACUAAUUACUCCUCCAUAACAAGCGUGUAUGCGUACAACAGGAGAACACAGACCUCGUCAACGCGCAUUAAAAAGACAACUGAGAACAUUAUUAGUUCCAGAAGUUCCACUCCCAAUGACGACUCCCAGCGAAGGCGAUUAAGAACGCCGGUCCAAUCCUCGGCAAUGCAUCACUACAUGCAACCCACUAUUGCCCACAGCAGACGAUAUGAAAGUUUAAAUCGCGCCGAAAGCAACAUUAGCUUGGAUGACAAGUCCUCAACUAGGUCACCAAGUGCGACUCACUCCUCAAGAGUCACUUCACAUAUCAAAACACGAUCGGAAAGACUUUACUAUCAAUCGAGUAGACACAGCUCCAGCAAAGAAUCCGUCCAAAGUAGCAUUUCAAAGACCAGGGAGGAAAAGAGUGCUCCCGAGAAAAAACGGCUUGCGAUCACAUCUAAGCAGAAGGUCACUAUGAAAAAUUCGAAAGGCACCGAUAAGCUGAAGCACGAGACCAAAUCUACUAAAGCCUUCUCUCCCUCCGUCAUAUAUUCAAAAGAUGCGUCUCAGAACACAGUAAGUUUGGAAAGAAAAUCCUUAUUCUCGAAGCAGAAGUCCAAGAGUAUACCAGAUAGUAAUCGUCUAAAGGAAAUCGAAAGUUCAACUCCUCGAAAAAUGGCUAAAAGCGCAGCGUCCAAGGUUCCAGUCCGGCUUUCAACUCAAAAAAGCUCCCUUGCAGAUGACAAUAAAAAGAAAAAAACUGUGACUCGCCCUGAACAACGCCAAACACCUGGCUUAAAGCCGAAAGGCGGCGGCGCCGAACACACGGAAAAAGCAAGUGGUGCAGUCGAUGUAAAAGUGCAGAAAAAGAUUAAAAAUACAGUUAACCAAGCAAGCACAACAAAAUCGACGUUUAAUGCCAGCUUUUCGAGGUCGAUUCAAGUGCGGAAAACAGCCGCAACUGUAACCGCUACAACAAGAAGAGAUACUCAGUCUGCAAACAAGUCGGAGAAGGAUCUUCUCAAUAUUAGACUAACGGAAAAGAAGUCCACUGUCCAUGCAGCCACGACAAAAGUUUCCACCGUCAGGCUGCACCGGGAACCAAUUGCAACGACUUUGGUGAGCACUGUCAUCGUAAACGACGACAACGAUUCCGAGAGCAAUGCCCGUUCGAUGCGAUCAAACGAGAGCACCAAAAGUUCAAGCUCCUCCGCAGGAAGCCGCAAAGUUUUAACCAGCGAAGUGUUUACUAAAACUUGCGGGCCCGACAAACCAUUUGAAGUAAUUUACCGCCAGCCCGAUGUAGAUUAUAUGAGUAUAAUGCGUCCCCAAUCUGUAGAGCAACGUUGCGUUUACGAGCACGAUGUUAGCUUCAUAGAUACCACCGAUUCAAGUUUGUCCGAUUCCGUGGCUUUGCCGAUAUUUACCUCGGACCAAGACCGACUGUGUAUGGCUAGUCCGGGCUCACCCAAACCAACGAGAAGUCCAUUUGCCCUGAUUGAGGAGACGUUGCGGAAACAACAAGCUGGAGGUUUCGCAUUAGACCCCACUCUACAAAGGCAAUUCGAAGCGGUUGACAUGUUGACGUCAGCUUCAGGAAGUCCUCUGCCCACUACUGCAGAUGAGCCAACGAAAAAAGAAACAAUUCAAGAAUAUAUACCAGAACCCCAGAUUGUAUCGAUCGAAUCGGUUACACGCCAAGGCACCAUAACAUAUGAUACUAUCAAUGAUAAAUAUCGAAAGGAGCGUGAGGAUAAAGACCAUGGCAGCGAUAACGAUGAUGAUGACGAUGGCGAUCACAGUGUUGGUGAUGACGAUGAUGAAGAUGAGGAUGAAGAUGACCGCAAUGGAUCGGUUAUUGAUAAAGAUUCGAAUGUAGUAAAAGGUAUACAGAAAACAACUCAGUUGGAGAAUGUGCGACGCGAGGCAACAGUAUUGGUCGAUCGUGUCCUUGAAGAAAGUAUCUACAUUGUUAAUGAACAGGAGGAUCGCAAUGACAGUGAUCCGAGGAAUGGUGAUUCAAAAGAAACUGGCAACGUUUCCAGUGUCCAGUUGGGCUUAGCAACGUCCUCCAUCAAUGAUGGCAACUACCGACAGGAAUACAAUUCUGAAAGUGAAAAUUAUGCCAUAACUUGCGAUAUAGUAGGCGGUGUGGACGUUGUUAAGUCCCCCACCAUUGAGUCAAUGUCGGGAAAGUCUUUCGAUGACAACUUGAGUUCUUCCGAUGACCAGCAGCAACAACAAUCGAUUGGGCCACAGGAACCACCAUCGCGGAGUGGUGAUGAUAUUCGUGGCGCCAAAAUAACAGUGCAAACAUCUCAAACCAAAGUGAGUAGCUUCAUAACUAACGUCGAAGAAUCUGUGCCACAAGGCGAGGACUAUGCUACGGACGAACGAAAUGCCAUGAGAACUCGUCGCAUUGAGCACAAAUUCGAAAAGAUCUCAUCGAUGGUUGAGGACUUAGACAUAGAAGCAGACAAAUUUGACGAGCAAUUUGGAUCUGUUGUUGCAGAGGACGAAAUUAGUAACUUGCAAGGCGAAUUUUCUAAAUUAAGCUGGGAUGAUAGUCUAUCUCCCACAACCAAUACAUUGGCUGACGUUGGUCAAAGCACGCCAGACUGCGAUUCUCUAGACUUUGUAGCAGAAACAGGUGGUGGUUUCUUGAAAUCGACAGAAAUCACACCCGUCCCACAACCGCCUUCGGCCCCAGUCACAGCCACAACAGAACCUACCGAGAGCACCCCCAUAGAAACACCUUCAACUACAAUGACAUUUAAGGCAGAUGCUGAAGCUGCUCCGAAGCCAAAGCCGCGCUGUGUUAAGGCGCCGUCGCCAGAUAUUGAAAGGGCUGAGCAGGACGAACGCGAAGUGAAUAAAGCUAUAGAUGAUUUAGUGUCUGUCCCAGUUCCAAAACCCCGAUCCCAAAUGAAACCUUCCGAUUCUUAUAGGAAUCUUGUUGCCCUAGAUGAAGCGUGUCCACCAGCGAAAGCCCUUCAGGAAUUACAUCAAACUGAUAGUGUAAAUGAGUGCAUUGAGGAGUCAUCGCAUACCGAGGAAACCUCUGUUGACAUCUCAGUUAGAUCACAAAAUAUUGACAAUGCAACAACAGCAACAACUACUGGUGCGACAACAACAUCUGAUGAUCCGCAGACUGAAUCACUAGAUCCGCCGAGCGAGUUGCCCAUCGAUGGAGGAAAUGCUGUCAUUGGUGGGGGUGAACGCAAGACUAGUUUUUACAUAGGGGAAUCUAGCAAUAAUAUUAUCGUCAAAACAACUCCCACAAAGCUUAGUGUCGGCGAUGAUGAUGAAGACGACAAUGAUAACUGUAUUGAUGAUUCCGAGGGUCCUCUGCCUCAUAAAAUAUCUGAACUUAUUGCUGCUACUGAUAUUUCCCUAAUGAAAGAGUUUUCGGUCGAUUCCGAAGAAGACAAUGACGUAUUUAAGGAGUAUGUCACAAUUAAACCUACAGAAGAGCAAGGUGGAACUAGAAUUCGGCGUCAAAGUUCAGAGACGCGCAACGAUCUCUUGGAGGAAGAUGUAGUAGCCAAGGAAGCUGUGGAAGAGGGCAUCAAGGAAUUUGAAGAGGAUAACGCCAAGGAAACAAAAGGCUCGCCAGCACAGAAUGCAACGAUGGACAGUAAUGGCGGUAUGGAUCAAGUUGAUAUUAUAUCAGCUGGUACUUCAGUGUCUCUAGAAAAUGCAAAAGCUACAGAAAAGAACAAGUUCGAAUUAGAAGAAGUAGCUGUCAAAAGACCAACUGAGUUGGAUAUAUCUUUAGAGAAAAGUGAAUGGGAGACGACUGAAAAGGAAAUUCCUCCAACUGGAAAGAGUAUACUUAAAUACUCCCCCCAACAACAGGCACCAAUUGCCUUAACCAAAGAAGAGGUCACUCAAGAGCUGGUAACCAAAACCCUCGACGAAGUGCAGGAGUCCCUGGAAGCAGCUAAAAACGAACUUAAAUCUGUGCUCAACGAUGGAAAUUCAAUAAAAGAGUCUCCUUCAGAGUUCGAAUUUCGUUCAUUUUCCCAAACUCUGUCGAGCAGUGCUGCAUCCAAUGUCCUUGAGAGGGACUUAAAAACGGGAAAAAUCGUCGAAGAAUGUAUAGAACUGGUGGAAGCUCAUGAUAUUUCAUCCUUCAUAGGCAUACCGGAAGCGUUGCAGCCGCAACUAAACCCAAUUGAGGGACUCUUCGACAGUAGUGUUCCAGAGAGUCUGGACCGAGCAGCAGCCAUGAUCCAUUACGCCCACCAUGAGUUAGAAAAUGUUAAAUCAGAUAUUGAUAGAGACGAUCGGGCUUCUUUGGGAUUUAUAUCAACGGGAACCGACGAAUGUCCCGAAGAGAAUGCACCUAAGCAAGAACAGGCUUCCUUGGGUUUUGUUUCCAACGAGACAGUCGAAGAAUUUAGCUCCAUGGAAGAUUACUUUCAGGAAACGCUGGCAAAAGCCGACACUAUGCGAAAUAAAGUGGAAGCUGACAAAGAAACGGCUGCGCAAGAAAUUGUCUCUUUUCCAGAAAUAUCAUCGGAAUGUACUAUAAAACCGUUUGAUGACGUAAUACAUCGGGUCAAACCGAACACUAGUGAUGUUGCGACCAAUCGUUGGUCUGUGCCCGAGAUCGAUCAGUCGAGCUCCAGUGAAAGCUAUUAUAAAAGCCUGGAGAAAAGCGAAAGUCGUCCUCUGUCUACCGACGUUGACAAUUUAACCACCCAGGGUACGUCGGAGUACAAAACUGCGGCAGAAGGUUCAUCUACUUAUCGCGAGACCACAGAAUAUAUGAGUGCUGCAAGCACUUUAGACAGCUUGUCAGGCAAAACCAUUAGCUCCCACGACAGCAUGCGCAGUUUCGAUUCGCAUUCGGAGACAUCUGCUAAUUUGAUAAGCAUGGACAGUUCAGAGCUGACAGAGACCUUGGUCGCAUCGUCCACAGAUGAUGUAGACGACCACCUGCGUGACUUGCUCGACGAGGACGACAGCGAAGAAAGUCUCGACCUGGAGGCGGCUGAUUACGCUGUUACUGAAAGCAAAACAAAUCAGCAAUCCAUGAUGAAACGAUCCCAAGAAAUGAUAUUCAAGCCCAAAUCGGAAGAUACAAUGACAGGUGUUUCCAAUAAUGAAGAAAGGUCGAAAGAAGGGCGCAUUGAGAGCAUACAAAUUGAGGAAUACGCAAAACCGAAAGAGGCCGAAAGAACUUGGGGGUUGACCUACCCAAUGGAGGAUGCCAAGUCUGAAGACAUUAAAGAAACAGAUGACAUUCUACUGUACCAUGGGGAUGUCCGGCGGUCUAUUGACGAGUCUAAAUAUGCUUCCAGUUUGGAUGAUGGCAGUGUACUUUCUGUCAGCAUGUCCAGUGCUUCAAACAUUGACACUGUUGUUGAAAACUUUGAAGACAUAGCAGGAUCCUUCGGAGCGUCUUCUUUAGCUGGUAUCGAGGGUUUUGGUGCUUCUUCUUUGCCAGAGGAGACUACGUUCGUGUUGGACAUGGAUGGCAGUAGAGACCAGUCGCCACAAGAAACGAGUUCUAUGUCACCGGCAGAUGAACUGAAUUUGAAACGCGGUCACAAGCGCACUGAAAGCACAGAUGUAUCUACUAAUGAGGAGAAAAAGUUGCCCGAAAAGGAAGGCGUGGCUGUGGUAGGCGAGGGCAAGGAAUCCGGCAGUGAAUCUGAUACGGAUCCUUAUGAAACGGAAUACGCUCGACAGUUUCGCUCACCGACGGAUCGAAAGUCGAAAAAAAAGAAGCAAGCCGCGGCGGAAAUGGACCACAGUUUUGAAACAGAAAAGAGACCAUUCACACCAUCUCAGUUGGUGGCAGAAGUUAUUGUUGAAGACGUUGCAACGGAGGAGCUCGAGGCUGAGGCCGCCAUGGUUGAAGAUCGGCGACCUUCUCAAAAUAUGUUGGACUACUCGAAUAUUCCAGACAUCACAGUUACGGAAGACGUCCAACAAAAAUCUCCAAUUUUAGAAGAAGAAACGGAUACAUUUGAAGAGAAAAUCCUUUACAAAGUUAAAACUCAGGAAGAAUUACACAAGGUGACGGACGACAAGCCCAUCUAUCAAGAGCCCAAAUCUGAUGCCAAGGAAGACAGUUUCCAGAAGUUAGUUCAAGAACAGUAUAAACAAAAAUUAGCCGAAUUAAAACAAGCCGAAAUUGGAGACUCGGACUACGAUGAACACAAAGCUCCGGAUUCACCGGAUUCCUUCGAAAUGGUAGACCAGCCCGAUAUUUCUGACGACUUUGUUAUCAUCGAGGAAGUAGCUAAGGAGGCUAAUGAAGAUGAUCUCGGCGGCAAGAGUAUACGUAUUCAACCCACAAAGUACGAAUCGAAGCAUGAUGAAGAAGUUGAAAAAAUGAUUAUUAAAUCUGCCCCAGCCGAUCCAAUGUUAGGUUCCCAAAUCUUCCGGGACGAUUUGAAUUUCGAGUUUGAAGAAAGUCCUCCUACUGCCAGCAGUGGAGGUACCGGAAGUGAAACACACGAGGAAAGUGAUUCGGGCUCCGACUUGGCCGCAACUAACAAACGUUGGGUCGAAAUGCAAUUGACCGAUAAUCAACUACGCUACCCCUACGAGCUGACGGGUGGCGUUUUGGAAGACAUUAAAGAGGAAGAUGGUGAAUUCGAAGUAGGAAGUAGUCGCAUAAGUAGUUUCAAGGACUCUUUUUCAAGCACGCCCGAAUAUGAUGCAAUGGCUGCCCGUCGCUAUUACAAUCGUGGAGAGCACGACGAUGUCUCCAUGAGCAGUCUGCAGGAGUUUGAGUCGCUGGAGCAAGCCAUUUCUUUGGAAAAUCGCAAUCGCACACAUCAAGGCUCUACAGAUUCCAGCAAUGGCAGCUUCCAAAGACGAUAUCUGGUAAGACAUAGCGGCAGCGGAGCUGGGCCUGGAGACGAUAUAUCAGUUUCCAGCCUAAAGGAAUUUGAGGGGCUGGAGAAUGCAUGCAUCGAAGCCCAUCUAAUUGAGAUCAAGGCCAAAGAAGAAGCAGCUCUGUUGUCACGUUCAGACGAGUCCAAUAAGUCAAAUGGCAGCGAUCGUGAACCAUCGGCUGACUCCAGCAAUGUCGUUGUCUCCAAGGUGACCAGAACCGUUACGCACACUGAAGUACUGACAGGCUCCCAAUCGCCAGACAUUGAGACCCUAUUGAAACAAAAGCUUCAGGAAUGUGAACGAGUUCAAACUGCAUCCAGAAUUCCUCAUGUUCUUGAUGCCCAAUUCAAAACUGACUCAGACAAGGGAAGUAUUGACAGCUUGGAGAUGAACAAAAGUCUCGAUUUGGCAUCUAGCAGUGCCGACGAGAGUUUCGAUAUAUCUAAGGAUGCUACAAAGUCCGAUAUAGAUUCGCUAGAAGUAGACAAGCCCCACACUACCCGCGAAGAUAGCUUUGAAUCUACGGAUAUGCAACAAAUGGACGAUCUCAUAUCCAAGUUCGGCGUCACAAUUGGAGAUGGCCUAACAACCACCACCACCACAACCACAACCAGCACUGAUGCCGAUGGGCAGGAGCACACCACCGUGACAAAACGAGUCGUCACCACAACCACUUUAACAGCCAGCGGGCCAAGUUCGACCUCACUAGAUCUGCAGCUGCCUCAGGCUCUGCCUAAAGAUAUUUCCGCCGAUUCGUUAAACCAGAUCAGCAUCAUGGACCAUACCACAACGAGCUCAGCCGGCACUACAGCUACAUACCAGACAAGUGCAGGCAAUUCCCAAAUGUCCGGCAGCGUCACAAGUUGUGCAUCCAGCACUCUAAUGGAGGACUCCACAACCAGUAUCACAACAUCAGGCCUCACAACUAUACAUUACUCGCCAGAGCAACACAUAUCCGUUCACAAAGAGGCCGAUGCAAUAACGCCCAAAACAGACGAACUCAAACGCUAAAGAUUUUAAAUGAGCGCAGGAUUGAUUAUUUGAUUCCAAAUAAUUUGUUUUAGUUUUUAUACUUUGAUAAACACUAUUAGAAUUCAAAAAUUAGGAAUUGCAUUACAGAGCCUGAUCAUUUUUCUAAUAGCGGAGAGGGCGGACAGAGUUGCUGCUGUAAGCUGAUGUUCAACUAUGCUGAAUACCCUUACAUCAAUCAUCCUUGGAAGUACCCGGCACAUUAACAGUGAAUAGAAAAGAUUUCCUCCAGCUGGCACACCUUUUCAAUGUCAUAAAGUAUCGCUUAGAACGCACCAGUUGCGUCAAUCAGAACACACCAUCGAAUAAGGCGUGACGUACAUGACGUACUAGCCCGAAGUAUACACAACACUAUCCAAUACCUUUUAGUUUUUAAAACUUAAUUGUAUUUUCUCGAAAGUCGCAUUGCCCCAUUCACGACGUCCCUUCAGGCCGACUUUCAAAGGAUAUAUGAAAUAAAAUUGCUUUAAUUAUUCUAUUCGUCAUAACCAUAUGAAUGAUAAGAAGGUACAGCCAGUAUUAUCUUCUUCUCAGGCGAGAACAUUGAAUGAUCUCCACUAAUAUGCAAGUUCACACACACACAGGCACACACACAUCAUUCGUAGCUUUCAUCGGAAAUACUCGUAUGCUUAGAAGGAUAUUUUACAUCCAACCACAAUUACCCACAUUAAUAAAUCAAUGACUUCACGGAUGUGAUCUCCUCCACAUCAAUGCUACAUUAAGAGAAAAAAAAAACCAAAUGUUUUUAACGUAAUGUAUUGUUUUCUUUUUUACUUAUUAAAAAAAAUAAAUGUUUUAAAAUUCGCUUACAUUUGAAGAUGAUGAAAAAUGCCUAGUCCCUUAAAUAUUCCCAUUCAUGUUGGUAAGGCACAGGGCCAACCACUUGAGAACCUAGUCUUUGGCGAUCUUGAUGAAAAAAGAGGACGGAGCGGAUUUCUGCUCACAGUCCCAUUGCAAAGUAAAACAAAUGAUCCAACCCAAAUAUUAUUCAUCAUUAUUAUAACCAUAAGAAAACUUAAGGCAAACAAAAACAAAACUCCACUUUUAUUAGAUGUACUAUUUAAUUACAUUAAAAAUUAUAUAUAUGAAAAAAAGGAAGAAAAAUAAAUAUGAAUUCAUACACGAACAUUUGAAAACGUAAAUAAAACAACAGCCACGCAUAUAUGAUUAAUCAAAUAAAUGCUUAAUGAAAAAUAA